AUGCCUUUGUCGGCCGUGGAGAUCAUCAACCAUUCCGCCUAUGACUCGGUGGACUGGAAGCUGCCCCCGACCACAUCUGGCACCACCCCGGUGGCCCAGAACCGCCGCGGGGGGCCCUUCAAUCUGUACCACGAGACCCAUGGCAGCGGUCCGAUCAAGAUGGUCUUCAUAAUGGGCCUCAACGCCGUCGGCAAAGACUGGAAGCGCCAAACCAAAUACUUCGGCCACACCCACGGCGACAAAUACACGGCCCUCGUCUUGGACAACCGCGGCGUCGGCCGCACCGACAAGCCCACCACCUACUACUCCACCUCGGAAAUGGCCCAAGACGUAGUCGACCUGCUACACACCCUCAACUGGAUCGACACCUCCUCGUCCACCCCCACCCGCAGCAUCCACGUCGUCGGCGCCAGCAUGGGCGGCAUGAUCGCCCAAGAACUCGCAACGCUCAUCCCCUCGCACAUCGGCAGCCUCACCCUCUGCUGCACGGCGCCGCGACUCGUGCGCACCGUGCCCUUCAUGGAGUACCUGCGCGAGCGCGCAGCGAUGUUCAUCCCGAAGCACAUCGACGUGGAGCUGGAGCGGGUAUCGCACACGCUCUUCGGGGAGGAGUUCCUAUCGCGACCGGACACGGAGAACGAGGACCCUAAGCUGAAUUUCCCGACGAACCGCGACCGGUAUGCUGCGGGGCAGUUGCGCAAGCGGGCGGAUCCGGUCGCGUUUACGACGAAGGGGUUUCUGAUGCAGGUUGUUGCGUGCUACUUUCAUAGCAAGUCUGCAGCACAACUGAAGGCGAUGGGGGAUGCGGUCGGGAGGGGGAGGAUUGCGGUUGUGCAUGGGACGGAGGAUCGCAUGCUCACGUUUAGGCACGGGGAGAUGUUGCGCGAGGCGCUGGGGGAGGAGAUCACUUGGGUGGUUUAUGAGGGGAGUGGGCAUAUGUUGCCUUGGGAGAGGGAGAGGGAGUUUAAUUUGUUGGUGGAGGAGAUGGUGGGUCGUGGGGAGGGGGAGAGGGAGAGCGAGAGGGAGUGA